AUGGUGCUUGUCGUGGCGCUCAUUUUUUUCAUACUUCUUCUUUUUACCCUCGCUGCGGCGGCUGGCGUGACUGCGCGCUAUGGAGGACGACGUUUUCCGCGGGGUACAGUUGGUUUUUUGCACCCCUCCGCCGCGUCAGGUGGGGGAGGAGAGCGGGUGCUGUGGGUUGCCAUGCGUGCUAUUCAGUUAGAUGAUAUGAACCGAGGCAUUAAGCGCCGCUAUGUUCUCUACUGUUCCCGUGGCGCGGGUACCAGUGAUGAUGAUGAUGCAAACGGAGCAAAUCGCCUGCUACAGACAGUGCAGGAGCAGUUUCAGAUUCUCCUUCCAAAGCCUAUUGAGGUGGCCUUCUUAAGGCCCUCCUUGACACGGUGGCUCAACGGUGAACAGUACCCGUUUAUGACGCUUCUCUUGCAGGUCGUAUGCGGAAGUCUUCUUCUGUUUUAUGAAACCUGCAUUGUAAAUAGCAUCACACCCAUCGUCAUUGAGAGUGUAGGAAUUCCAGGGAUCUACCCCCUCCUUUCUCUCCUGGCCGGUGCCCACAUCAUCAGCUACACACAUUACCCUGUCAUCACAUCCAUCAUGGCACAGCGGGUGCAAAGUGGGGAGAAACGGUACAAUAACCGAGGCUUUUGGGCACGUCAUCACACACUGCGACUGAUGAAGGUUGUGUACUACAAAUUGUUUGCACUUUUCUAUUGGUGGUUGGGGCAGUUUCCGUAUCUCACCAUGACCAACUCACAGUGGACGACGCGACACAUUGAACAACUAUGGAACCCCGUCGUCCCAACACUUGUCUACCCUCCCUGUGCAGUCAAACAAUUUCUGUCGUUGCGAAAACCGCCUGAGAAGCGCGGUAACACCAUCGUAAGCGUUGGCCAGUUUAGACCAGAGAAGAAUCAUCUUCUUCAGCUGCGCGCCUUUGCCAGGGCACUUCCUCACCUGCCAGCCGAUGCCCGACUCAUUAUGGUGGGUGGGGCCCGCUCUGCAGACGAUAGAAAACGGGCGGCAGAUGUCGAGAAGGAAGCGAAAUCAAGAGGCAUCUCCGACCGCGUGGAAGUGCGAAUUGGGGUGCCGUUCGCUGAAGUGGGUGAAUUACUCUCAAACUGCUGUAUAGGGCUGCAUACGAUGGAAGAUGAACAUUUUGGUAUAGUUGUUGUAGAGUACAUGGCAUGUGGUUGUAUUCCGCUUGCGCACAACAGUGGUGGUGUGUGCCUGGAUAUUAUUAUGUCAUCGGAAGUGGGCUUUUUGGCUGCAUCCGAGGAGGAAUUUGCCAGUCGCAUGGUGGAGAUCGUUGACAUGAAAGUUCAACGUCCGCACAAGUACAAGCGUUUCCAGGAUGAAGGGUUAACUGCAAUUAUGCGCUUCAGUGAUGAAACAUUUCAAGAGAACUUUAUGACGGCGGUUCGCCCUCACCUCCUCCUGUGA